CCCACCUUACCCAACGCGCUGGUCUCUGCCGGCCCGGAGCCCACGUUUCCCUUGGGCGGCUGCGCUGUGCUUCCCAGAACCUCGCGGCGGUUGCCGUCCGGAGGCUCGUCACGCCUCGUGGCUCUCGCAGGGAGUCCCUGCGGGGAGCUCGCGUGCUUCGCCGUCCUGGCGGCCCCGCGGGAGGAGAGGGAGUGUGCCGUCUGUCUUAGAGGAGAUUCCUCCGUUCCAACCUUCCAAGAAGCCCUCCCCCGACCAAGGAGCGCCGCCCACUCCGGCCACGGCCACGCCAAGCACCCGAGAAAAGACUCCUAGCGCAAGGACAAAGGCUCAGUGUCAGGAAUGAAGUCCCGGAGCCACGGGCACAGGCAGUGCCGUCCCAGCCCGCCGGGCCAUUGUGAGUACACGGCGCAUGCAGAGGGUGCUCACGCACCUGCAGAACUGGCCUGGCUCCUUGGCUCCCGCAGUGGAGUGGGGGUGGGGCUGGGGCUGGUCUACCUGGGAGCGCCUUUGUGCCUGACCAGAGAGAGAGCUUAAAAGACUGGAGCUCGCCGGAAGGCUUGGCGAGGGCUGAGCUGGUGAAGUCUUGCAGGUAGGUCGAGGAUUUCCAUCAUCCUCAAGUGUUGCUGUGUGUGGAUGGGCCUGGAGCGAUAGCACAGCGGGGAGGGCGUUUGUCUUGCACACGGCCGACCUGGGUUCGAUUCCCAGCAUCCCAUAUGGUCCCCCGAGCACCGCCAGGAGUGAUUCCUGAGUGCAUGAGCCAGGAGUAACCCUUGUGCAUGGCCAGGUGUGACCCAAAAAAAUCCCACCCCCCCAAAAACAAAGAGUUGCUGUGGGAAUUGGAUUUGCAUUUAGAGAGACAGGAUGUACUCAAAGGAUGGACGACGGUGACACAUUCCCACAGAUUUACAUUUGAAGAGUGGGGACAUUUUUGGGAGCAGAUAGGCCCCAGCACCUAAGUCUGACUUCAUUUCAUUUGUUCUCAAUCAUCAGAUGGUUGAAUAGUACUGAAAGAAAGUGGGAGAGGGCGGGAAGGACCGCAGAUCUUAGGAAUUUACCUUUCCUUCCAACUUUCCUUUAGCCAUCCAGGUAGCUCAGAUGCCCCCUUUAUCCUUGUAUUUUUCAAUUCUACCACUGUACAUAAAAGUGAAAGAAAAAAUCAACAGGUUUUAUGUCUUUAUUUUUAUUCCACCUCAAUAGUGAGUUGCUGUGAGCUGGAAGAGGCUGGAGUUCAGACAUCCUUGGAAUUGCCAGGAGGGGCAGACAGAUAAUGUUGAGCUCAUCCUGAACACAAUAAAUGUUUGCUGUUUGAAUGUUACUGUAUUCUUUACAAGGAUCUUUAUUUCUUUUUUUUUUUCAUCUCUGUAUAUUUCUUUAAAAAUAUACAAAAUUAUAUUAUUUUGGGGGACCCAGUUAGAAUUUCAGAAAAUGUCUUCUUUAAUGACAUUUUGCCAUAAAGCCAAAACAAAGUGAAGAGAUUAAUACAAGAUGGUGUGUCACAAAUUUGGAUUGGUUAUCUCAAGCACAGGCAUUUUCCUGAGAAUACUAUACUUCUCAAUUGUGUUUUCAGUAGUAUGGAGUCUAGGGUUUAUUUUAUUUUUUUGGUUUUGGGCUACAUACUCAGGGCUUAUUCCUGGCUCUACACUCAGGAAUCAAUCCUGGCAGAGCUUUGGGGGACCAUAUGAGGUUCUAGGAAUUGAACCAUAGGUCAGCUUGCAUGUAAGGCAAGUGCCUUAACCCCUAUACUGUCUUUCUGGCCCCAGAAACUAGUGUUUAAGCAAAAAAGUGCUGUAACCUUUAGCAAGUUACUUAGCAUUUCUUUAUUCUAGGUUCCUGAAAAGGGGCUAGCAACUUAUGUAUUUGCUUAUGCAGUUCUUUGGGCUUAAACUCAGAGCUUCCUCAGGCCAGUUAAUUUUUACCUUACAGGACAGUGCUUAGAGGAUUUAAUUGCAUUAAAUAGAAAUUUAGUAAUUUGGACUUUCCUGACCAAGUAUGGGAGAGUUUGGGGGCCUUGCCUGGCACUCCCCUGAGGUUGCUGCAGCUGUGUUGGGGGGGGGGGGGGUGCAGUGCUAGGAUGCCAGUGAGCAAACCAGGCCUUCAGCAGCCCUUCCCUGCUGGAUAAUGUUUUAUUUCUUUGAUUUUCAGUUUCUAGAGUUGGCACUAUCAGUGACUGGAAGCAUGAGGAAAUAAAGCUGACAUCUCCAUGGCCCCAGUCUCGGACUGCCGGACGGACAGCAACAACUGAGCCACGAGGGACCAGUUUCUGAGCUUUAGCCUCAGCUCUGAGGGAACCAACAUUGUCUAUUAUAGAAAGAGGAAAAUGUGGACAGUGGAACAAUCAAAGAAGACAGCCCUUUGGAGGAGAUAUGUUUGUCACAGAAAAUCGAGUCAAACCUUGGGGCCUCUCCAUCUGCCCUGUUACUGGGAGGUAGCUAGUCCUACGAAGGAAUCCAGUCAGCCCUAAAGAACAGGCCAGGGAUGAAGGAAUAGAGAGACAUCAUGAAAAAGAAGGUAUCUGGCCAACUGAAACUGACCGAAUCUGUGCAGAAGCUACUCCAAGUGGAUAAGGUGGCCCUGCAGAAAGCCCAAGAGAGAGAUUGCUGGUGGAAAGCAUGGAUAAAAGUGAGGCGACUAAUCUAGAAAGAUGGAGGGACCAGGCCCUGUAGCCUAGGAACACUUUCAUCAUUAUCUUAUCUACUGGUAAAUGGAUUCUCUCAACAAUAUCCAAGAAUAGGGGCGGCAACGUCUUUCAAUUUCUACCCACCUUAUAUCUCCAUGGAUUAUUUCCUAAUAUUAGUUAGAGUGGCAGGCUAUCCUCCCCGACCCAUCCAUUUUUCUUUCCUCCUCUCCAUCUUCCUUUAACCAGUUGAUGGCUUUGUGUCUGUGUUUUAAUAUUUCUCUCAUCUUAGGUUUGCCUUUUUUCUUAACUUUUUUUCUCAAUUUUUUUUGGGAAGUCAUGCCUUGCAAUGCACAGGGGUUAACUCCUGGCUCUGCACUCAGGAAUAACUCCUGGCAGUGCUCGGGAUGCUGGGAAUCGAACCCAGGUCGGCCGUGUGCAAGGCAAAUGCCCUACCUGGAGUAUGCUAUAUCACUCCAGCCCCUCAAGUUUUCUGAAUCUUGAGAUUGGGUGUCUGUCAACUGUAUGUGUACAGACUACCUGAAUCCCUCCUGCUCUUCCAAAGGCCCAUCAUCUAUAGGAUGUGGUAGUGGAUUUCACACAGGAAGGGUGGAACUGACUAGAUGCCAAUCAGAGGGUCCUUUACUGGGAAGUCAUGUCCGAGACCUUCAAACACCUGAUGUUUUUAGGUAAGAGACUGGGUUUCCUCCAGCAAGCCCCUUGUCCCAGGAUCCCGGGAUAUUUGGUUUAUCUAGGCAGAUAGAUCAGCUCAUAAUGAGAUUCAUAGAUCAUUAGUUCUGCACUUUCCAGGUGUAAAGUAUAUGGGAUACAAAUGAAAUGAAAGCUUGCAUGAGGGCAGAGAUAACAUUUGCAACAUAACUGUGUUCUCAAAAUAUGCAGAUCUGCCUAUUCAAACUAUUUUUUAAAUCCUACUAUGCACUUUAGUAGGAGUUGACUUUUUGGGUGUCUCCCUACAUCUGUGUGUGUGUGUGUGUGUGUGUGUGUGUGUAUGUGUGUGUGUGUGUUUGGGGGAGAGGGAGGUUGCAUGUUUUGGGCCAUACCUGGACAUGCUCAAGGGUUAUUCCUGGCGCUGUACUCAGGAAUAACUCCUGAUGAUACUUGGAGGACUGUAUGGGAUACCAGGGAUUGAACCCAUGUUGGCUGUGUGCAGCAUAAGCUCCCUACCUGCUGUACCAUCUCUCCAUCACUCAGCACACUUAUCUUAAACCAAGAAUAGAAUAUAAAGGGGACAAAUAUAGAACCUCAAUUCUGUUGCCUUCUUACUCCCAGUCAGUUUUUUUCUGUCUAAUCUAGGUCUGAUCACCAAACUUGAACUAGAAAAGAAACAAUGGUAUGCAGAUUUCUAGCACCAAAAUAGAGACCUCCUAUUACGUAAGGACUACAGUAAAGAAGAAAAUGAGAGAAGCCUAGGAUUCAUCUAAUGGGAGGGAUGAAACAUUCCUUAAGAGGAUUGGGCCUCUGUAUAUCCUUUCCUGACCUAUAUCCUUCCAACCCUGUUAGAUCCAUAUGGAGUUUAAAAUAAUCUGCUUAGGGGGCCGGAGAGAUAGCACAGUGGGUAGGGCGUUUGCCUUGCAUGUGGCCGACCUGGGUUCGAUCCCCAGCAUCCCAUAUGGUCCCCCAAGCACCGCCAGGAGUAAUUCCUGAGUGCAAAGCCAGGAGUAACCCCUGAGCAUCGCUGGGUGUGACCCAAAAAGCAAAAAAAAAAAUCUGCUUAGAUUUUUUUUAACUUCAGGAAGAUGAUUAAUUCAUACAAGAUAGUGAACAUUUUCAUUUUUAAGAAUUGAUAGAUUACAUGUAGAUUCCUUAUGCUAGUGAUACCACUUUUAUUUAAAAGUCCUUUUGGGGUUGGAGAGAGAGUACAAUGGGUAGGGCACUUGCCUUUCAUGAUGAAUCCCCCACGCACUGACAGGAUAAUUCCUGAGUGUAGAGCCAGGAGUAACCCCUGAGCAUCACAGGGUGUGUCCCCCAAAAUUUAAGGCCAGACUUAAUAUGCCUCCUAGUUUUCCAGGAUCAUCUUUAUCUAUGCUUUUUAUGCUAGCUUGCUUACUAGUAGUACCAUCUUCGAUUUAAACAUCCCAAUUUGCCUGCUACAUUAUGAGGUCUCCUACAGGUGACACACUCAUCUGCAGGAGGGUGAGCAAUAUUGAAAUGAGAUGAAAUGGAUAUUAGAAAUGCAAUUAUAGGUUAAAAUACUGGUUUCUGAUAUUUUUGAAAAAAAUCCAGUUAAAGUUGUAAUGGCAUCUAAUUAGGAAAUCCUGAAGUUUAGUUUUAUCUCUAAUCUAUGAGGUCAAAAAAGUAAGGGUGAAUGUGUUGGGUGGGAAAAUGUAGCUGAAAGAAGGGAAGUAGUUUAGACUGAAUUGGGGAAUUUAUGUUGGGGUUUUCAUGGGAAGUCCUGUGUUAUUCUUUAUUCACUAUAGGAGGUGAGAAGGAGGGAUUUAAAGAUCAGAGUUGGGAUCUGAGAAAGGAGAAUAGUAUUAUGGGUGGCAAAGUCUCCCUUAUUUGCAGAUACACAGGCCCAUCUUCUGCUCCACCUGGAUCUGUAGACAGGACCACAGUGUUCUUAGCAUCCGGUGUUGGGCCACCCUUUACCUGCCACACCUGUGGCAGGUCUUUUAGCAAAAGCUCCAACUGCAGUUGUCACCAGCCUGUUCACAGUCCAAAACAGAUUAACAGCUGCAGUAUGUGUGGGAAGUCAUUUCGAAACCCCAAGGCCCUCCACUACCAUAGACAUAUGCACCUUGGGGAAAAGCCCUUCCAUUGCACACUUGAUGAUAAGACCUACUAUGAUACUUCAGGACUGAGUCAUCACCAUUGUGUCCAUAGGCCCCAUUCAUGCCCCUUCUGUGAGAAGAGAUUCCGUGACCAGUCUGAGUUCAGAUGCUACCAGAAGAUACACCCAAGCCAGGAGCUAGUGACUGGGAGUCAGAAGCAUAUGGUAAGGAUUCCAAGCACCAAAACUGAAUUUUGUUUGGUAGCAAAUGUCUGUCCGUGGGCUUGCAUCUGGAAAUCAGUGACCCAGUACCUAGAUCCUGUAUUUAGAACCAAGAGCCCUAUGAAUCAGACCCAAUCUCCUGUUGGUAGGAACCAGAUAUUAGUAGCCAAAAACCUGGUAACCACUUUGGAAACUCAGGCAACAAUUAAUACAACCUCAAAACAUGUGACCAAGAGUCAGGAACGCAGCAUUAGAGCCCUCUGCUGUGAUACCAGCUCUAACUUUCACUCAGAGAAGAUUCUAAGACUCAAGCUUUACUCUUGCCUUCAUUGUCCCUUGACUUUUAACAAGAAAGCUAGCUUUUCCAGCCUCCAGAAGGUCCACCUCACAGAGAAGUCCUCCAGCUGCUUCCAUUGGAGCAAAUCCUUUAGCUCAUUCUUUGGUCUGGUCAGGCACCAACAGACUCACUGGAAACAGAAGAUCUACUACUGCUGCCCUAUCUGUGACAUCUGCUUUGGGGAGAAAGAGAGCCUUAUGAGUCACUGGGAGAGUUACAAAGGCAGGGACAAUCUCAAUAAGUGCUAGACAAUCCUGGCUCAGAGGCUUGGCUUCCCUGUGGCAGAGAAGGAAAUGGAUUUUCUAAGAUCCUUACCCCCCAAAGAGGAGAAGACUGAGGAAGUGUUUAGAGGAAAGAAAUCAAGGGAGGAGGAAAGGUCGUGAAACACAAAUAACAUAAGUCAAUGGCUUUUUGAGAAUACCCAGGUAAGUAUGAAGAUGGGAGGAAAAGGAUGAGGGAAAGAACAUCUUGUAUAGAACCUAUCUGACUAAGAAGUAGAAGGAAAGCAUUCUAAAACAGGAGUUAUCCCACUUUCUCAUCCCUCCCUCUCAUUCUUCCUGAGACAGAUUGGUGAGAGUUUGGGCCAGUAUUCUACAGGUUUCUCCCUAACUCUGCAGCUAACUCUUUAAGGUUUUGGACGUUGUUCCUUUCCUUUCACUAUCAUACCUCAGUAUUGCCUAUCCUGACUGAGGUCUUGAAAGAAACUACACCAUUGAAAAGUUGGCAUGCAAAACUUUGUUACAGGAAGGUUUCUGGUCUUUGUUACU